CGGAGUGGAAAAAGAGUCGUUCCCCGCUCCGUUGGUGCUGUAGGAGCAGGCCAGUCAUCAUAUGCGUUGAAUUCCCUGACUUUCGCAGGCCUUUGUGCAGCUGGUCUGUCAUUCCGACUGUGACUCAUUGUCCGUCCAUCCCUCUGUACUAGACUUGCGUUGACCUUAAUGGCUCGUCGCGAGAUGCUGAGCACAUCGUAUCCCGGUGAGGGUCAGCAGUCCCUGUCGCCCCUCUCCGUCCACGCGCAGCCGGCAGCCCACGCCGUCAGUGGCCCUGCCGCUGACGGGCCCAUGCUCUCCACCUUCGACUUCACGGCCAUCGAGUCAAUGGACCCUUCGCUCGGUACGGACGGCCGGGGGAAGGGGUGGAACAGAUGGGGGAAGAUGGCAGAGGCUCGAGCGGCUGAAUGUAUGUCUGCUUCGUUCUGUCUUUGUUUCUUCUUGUGUGCACGGGAUGGAUGGGCGCAGCUGAGGGGCAUCGAGUUGUGUAUGACCGGGAGUGUCCGUUUGAGCUGCGGGUGCAGGAGAGCGACGCCAAUGCGCCACAGGUAGGUACGGUAGGCACGGAAAGGAUGGACCCACAGGCUGAUCGAUCUCAGAGGCUGUUUCGUCUUGUCUGGUCAUCCUCAUCUAUGGCUGUGUGUGUGUGGCCACACACAGGAGGUUGGGACUCUCGAGGCUAUCAAAUGCAAGAUACUGUUGUUGGUCAGCAGCCUGCCAAGCCACCUGCUCUGUGGAGGGGUGGAUGGGGGCGCAGUGCAGUGCAUGUGUCUGCUCCUGGUCCGGUCGAUCUGUCUGUCUGUCUACAGGGUGACCAGGCGUGUCCUCAGCACGUGCGCGUCGACCUGACGAGCGAAAAUGACCUCUUCUUCCACUACACACACAGGUGGGCAGGGCAUUGCAUUCACAUGCACACGAGAACGAGAAGAGAACAAGAGAAACCCAUCCAUCCAUCCAUCCAUGUGUGUGCCUACCUGUCUGUGUGUUAUGUGUGUUUAGUGUGAAUGAGUCGUCGUUUCGGGGGAUGCAGGAGGCGCAGAAGCUGAUGAUCGAGUUCCCGGACUACAUGAACGUGCUCGUCAAAAUGCUCAACUCCUGCAUCAAGUCCCCACACAGGCAUGUACCUCCCAUGAGCACCACACCACACGACCAACACGUGGAUGGAUGUGCGUCUGUCUAUGUGUGUGUGGUGUGGACGGACGGACGGACGUGGUCAGUUUCCUGGCGGUGUUGCUGCUGAAGCGCGAUGGCAAGGCGCAGCUGGACAUCAUCCAGGUGAGCGACGAUCGACACAAAUGAGAAUAAUACACACAGAUACAGAGAGAGUGUCACCUGUGUGUGUGUGUGUGUGUGUGUGUAUGCGUGGUUCAGAAUAUGGAGUAUAAGUUCGUUGAGUUGUUGUCGCUGGACUUCACCGCAUCGCCCGAGGAGGUCGUCAGACAGCAGAUCACAUUCAGGUGGGCAGCCAGACGGGGGGGCUUACUGGCGGGGGAGUGGGCCACUCACUCACCCCACGGCCUCUCUGUGUCUGUGUCUGUGUGUUGGUGGCAAUCCUUCUGCAGAUACAACAGCCUGAAAUCGAAAGUGGCCCUCAUGCAAGCCAGGCUGCAGGUGCGGGCACACCCAUCUGCCCAGCAGUAUCGUGCAUCCGAAAGUGUCCUUGCGCCUUGUGUUCUCUUGCGUUUGUCUGUUCAGGACAUUAAUGCGUUGGUGAAGGUCAAGAACCCGUCUCUGCUGCUGCAGCUGCAGAAGACCCCCCCAUCGCAGUACGGCCAGCAGCACCACGCCUACUCCACCAGCAGCCCACACGUGUCACCGCUGCCCCAGGCCCGGACCGCCAACACGUCCGUCAUGUCCAGGCGAUGAAUGAAUGAAUGAAUGACUUGGGUGGAGCCACAGAACGAAGGGGAGAGAGAGAGAGGUCGUGGUGUGUGAGUGAGUGGGUGGGUGGGUGUGUAUACUCUGAUUGACGGACGGGAGUGGAAAAGGAGAGGGCGGCGCGGGGCGGUGAAGAAGGAAACGUUUGAUGGAUUGCGAACAAUAGGAAAGUGACGCACAUCAAAUCAAUGGACAGAUAGAAUGUCAGUCAGUGCGAGCAGCUCACGUGGGCGGUGUGCUCUUCUUUUUGCCUAACUGCGUUGGCCGUCCC